AACUCGCCGCCGCCGCCGCAGGAACUGGAGCCGGAGCCGCAGGCGUAGCUCCGCCACGCUUCUUCCCCUUCCGCUCCCUAGACGUCCUGCCCGCCCCCUCGGUACUGUUCGCCGGAAGUAGCGUUAGCGUCAUCGCAGGGAGGCGAAAGUGACGCAAAGAGGAGCGCGUCCCGUCGGACUCGUGUGAUGGCUCCUCAGAAGCCGCGCGUGGAGUUUCACCCCAAGAGGCCCUGGGGGCCUGGGAAGGCGGAGGCGGCGGCAGCGGCUGUGGAGGACGAUGAGGAAGAUAAUGGGGAAGAAGGAGAGGAGGAAGACUUCACCCUGGAGGAAGUGCUGCGGCUCGGAGGCACCAAACAAGAUUAUCUUAUGCUGGCAACUUUGGAUGAAAAUGAAGAACUUGUGGAUGGAGGCAAAAAAGAAAUGAUUGAUGACCUUCAGCAAGGUGAACUAGAAGCAUUUAUCAAAAGUCUGGGUGUAUCCAACUAUUCAAAGAAUUUCCUCUUGGAAGAGGACAAGGAGCUAGUAGGAAACAAAGUCAAUGAUAAAGAAACUAAAGUGUCUAAAAUAGAAAAGAAAAAAGAGACUUCAGCAGAAAAUAAAAAAACACCAGCUAAUAAGGAUAAAAAAAAUUUGAAGAAGCAAGCACAAACCAUUGAUAAAGAUAGUAGUACUAAACCAGCUGUAAAGAAAGAUAAACAACAAGACGUCUUUGAAUUUUAUGCUAGACCAACAUUGCUGAUCAAAACUGGGGGGAAAUGGUAUGAUCUGGAAUAUACCAAUGAGUAUUCCUCAGAACCUCAGUCAAAAGUUAUUGUAUCCCAAUACAAAGCUUUGGCUCAGAAACUGUAUCAACAUGAAAUCGACUUAUUCAAGAACAAGACAAGUAAUCAGAAAGGUGGCUCCUCUUCUACAUGGAUGAAAGCUAUAGUGUCAUCUGGGACCUUGGGUGACAGACUGGCUGCCAUGAUCCUCCUUAUUCAGGAUGAUGCCAUCCAUACACUCCAAUUUGUGGAGACCCUUGUGAACCUUAUUCAAAAAAAGGGUAGUAAAGGGCAAAGUCUGAUGGCUUUAGAUACUUUUAAAGAACUGCUCAUUACAGACCUUUUACCAGACAAUCGUAAACUACGAACAUUUACUCAGCAUCCUUUCGACAAACUAGAAAAAUUGUCAAGUGGCAAUAGGGAUACAAGGGAUAGGCGAUUGAUAUUAUGGUAUUUUGAACAUCAGCUCAAACACUUAGUAGCUGAGUUUGUGCAAGUUUUAGAAACUUUAGGUCAUGACUCCCUAAUUGCAACUAAAACUCAAGCACUUAGAGUAGCUCAUGAGAUUCUCUCUAAUAAGCCUGAAGAAGAAAAAGCCUUUCUAGUACAGCUGGUAAAUAAACUUGGAGACCCCCAAAACAAAAUAGCCACCAAAGCCUCCCAUCUGUUAGAGACUUUACUUCAUAAACAUCCUAACAUGAAAGGAGUCGUGUGUAGUGAAAUUGAGAGACUAAUCUAUCGAUCAAAUAUUAGCUCCAAAGCCCAAUACUAUGCUAUUUGUUUUUUAAAUCAAAUAGUACUUUCACAUGACGAAAGUAUUUUGGCUAAUAAACUAAUAACUCUUUAUUUUUGCUUUUUCCGGACUUGUAUCAAGAAAAAUGAUAUUGAGUCUAAAAUGCUUAGUGCCCUUUUAACUGGAGUAAAUAGAGCUUAUCCAUAUGCUGAAAUCAGUGAUGAAAAAGUAAAAGAACAGCUGGAUACACUAUUCAGAGUGUUACAUCUUGUGAAUUUUAAUACCAGUGUUCAAGCCCUAAUGUUGCUUUUUCAAGUAAUGGAUUCUCAUCAGACAAUAUCAAACCGAUAUUAUGCAGCUUUAUACAAGAAGCUGUUAGACCCAGGUUUGCUAUUAUGUUCCAAGCAGUCUAUGUUUCUUAAUCUUGUCUACAAGUCUCUGAAAAGUGAUAUAGUUUUACGUCGGGUGAAGGCAUUUGUAAAGAGGCUACUCCAAGUCACUUGUGGACAGAUGCCAUCAUUCAUCUGUGGAGCUCUGUACCUUGUGUCUGAGAUCCUUAAAGCAAAACCAGCAUUACGAACUCAACUGCAUGAGCAUCUGGAAUCUGAUGAAGAAGAAAAUUUUCUGGACUUAGAUGAUGAUGAUGAUGAUACUGAAAAAUUUACAGAUGCUGAUAAAGAAAUGGAAAAAACUGCCGAUGAAGAAAUAGAUAAGGAUGAGAGCACAACUGAAAAUCUUGUAGAAGCAGAAAAAUCAGGUUCUGCCUCAUGGGUUCAUCUUAAGAAUUUGGAGGGUGGGAAAAACUUAAGUACCUAUGAUCCAUUGAAUCGAAACCCUUUGUUCUGUGGAGCAGAUAAUACAAGUCUUUGGGAACUCAGAAAGCUUUCUGAACAUUUUCAUCCAUCUGUGGCCCUUUUUGCAAAAACUAUUUUACAGGGGGAUUAUAUUCAAUAUUCCGGAGACCCAUUACAGGAUUUCACACUAAUGAGAUUUUUGGAUCGAUUUGUAUAUAGAAAUCCAAAACAACAUAAGGGAAAAGAGAACACAGACAGUGUUGUGAUGCAGCCAAAAAGAAAGCAUUUCAUGAACGAUUUGCGGAAUCUUGCUGUGAACAGUAAGGAAUUCCUUGCAAAGGAAGAAAGCCAAAUACCAGUGGAUGAAAUUUUUUUCUACAGGUACUACAAGAAGGUUGACAAAGAGAAACAUAAACGUCAGAUAUCUUCAGAUGAUGAAAGUGUAGAAGAUGUAGAUGAUGAAGAAUUUGAGAAGAUACUUGACACAUUUGAAGAUGAUAAUUAUUUUAGUGCUGCUGGAAAGGAUGACCUUAAUUUUGCUGGUAAUGUAGCAAAAAAAACUAAGGGAGCUAAAAAAAACCAAGGGGAUGAGGAAUCAGACUUGGAAGGUAGUGAAGAUGAUGACUUCAAUGAUUUGGAUGAUGAAGAGAUCUCCUUGGGCAGUAUGGAUGAAGAAUUUGAGGAAAUUGGUGAAGAUGGAGGAACAUUCAUGGAUGUGCUGGAUGAAGAAAAUGAAAGCAUUCCAGAACUAGAAGAUGAAGUUAGCACCAAGGUCAGCACUAAAAAAGGCAAAAAGAAAAAAACAGAUGAUGUUGACUUUGCUACAUCACUUGAAGGUCCAAGGCAAAAAAAGAAGCGAUCCUUCAAUGACUCCAGUUUAUUUGUAUCUGCUGAAGAGUUUGGCCAGCUGCUAGAUGAAAAUGUGGGCUCCAAAUUUGAUAACAUCGGUAUGAAUGCCAUGGCCAACAGAGAUAAUGCAAGUAUCAAACAACUUCAGUGGGAGGCUGAACGAGAUGACUGGCUUCAUGGCAGAGAUGUGAAAAGUCUUAUCAGGAAGAAGAAAAAUUUCAGACACAAAGGUCCAAAAAUCAUACACAAAAAGAAAAGGCCAAGGAAAUGAUGUCUUUCUUAAAAGAGCCAAUUAUUUAUAACUUUGAAAUUCAAUUUGUUCAUUCUUAUUCUGUGGCUUUCAAGCUAUUAAUUAAAUUUGUAAUAAACUAUACAUAAGA